AUGAACGGGAAAACUUGGAUUCUCUUUUACCUCUCGUGUCUCUCCAUUCUCCUGGUUUUGCCAGCUAGAUCAAACGGUCAAGAUUUUGCAUUGAGCUGUGGGGCAAAAGAGCCAUCUACUGACCCAGACAAGAAAAAAUGGGAACCAGACGCAAAGUUCCUCAAGACAGGAAACUCUAUCCAAGCAACAGCAACAUAUCAAGACCCUUCCCUUCUCUCUACAAUUCCUUAUAUGACAGCAAGAAUCUUCACAGCUCCAUCAACUUACGAAAUCCCGGUUAAAGGAGACCAAAGGCAUCUGCUCCGAUUACAUUUCUACCCAUCAACAUACACAGGCCUCAACAUAUCAAACUCAUAUUUCGCCGUGGCAGCUAACGAUGUAACCCUCUUGAGCAAUUUCAGCGCCGCUAUCACCUGUCAAGCCUUGACACAAGCGUAUCUGGUGAAAGAAUAUUCUCUUGCACCCAUCGAGAAAGAUGUCUUGAGCAUCACUUUUACCCCAUCUGACAAGUAUAAAGACACUUUCGCCUUCAUCAACGGUAUCGAAGUGAUUGAGAUGCCGGAGCUGUUUGACACGGCGGUUCUCGUUGGUUUCUCAGAUCAGAUGGCGGAUGCCAAGGCCGCGAAUCUCCAGUCCAUGUUUAGGCUUAACGUUGGUGGUCAGGACAUCCCUGGAAGCCAAGACUCCGGUGGGUUAACGAGAACAUGGUACAACGACGCGCCUUACAUAUUCAGCGCAGGUCUUGGUGUCACACUUCAAGCAAGCAACAAUUUCAGGAUCAACUACGAGCAAAUGCCAGUCUCUACAGCUCCAGCAGACGUCUACAAAACCGCUAGGACUCAAGGCCCCGACGGGAACAUCAACAUCAAAUCCAAUCUCACAUGGACGUUCCAAGUCGACACCAAUUUCACUUACAUCAUGAGACUCCAUUUCUGCGAGUUCCAGCUCUCUAAAGUCAACCAGAAGGCGUUCAACAUCUACAUCAACAACAGAACAGCGCAGACGGAUCCAGCCGCUGCAGAUAUAAUCUCUUGGACAGGAGAGAAAGGGAUUCCGACUUACAAAGACUACGCCAUCUACGUAGAUGCUAACACCGGAGGCGAGGAGAUAUCACUUCAGAUGACUCCAUCGGUUUUUGCCAAACCGGAGUAUCUUGACUCGCAGCUCAACGGGUUAGAGAUCUUCAAGAUGGAUACAAUGAAGAAUCUUGCCGGUCCAAACCCGCAGCCAUCGGCAUUGCAAGCUAGCGAAGAGGUCAAGAAAGAGUUCAAGAGCGGGAAGAAGACAGCUUUCAUCAUCGGCUCAGCUGGAGGACUCGCGGCGGUUUUGCUCUGCGCGCUGUGUUUUACAGUCUACAAGAAGAAACAGUAUUAUCAAGGAGGCGACUCUCACACAUCAAGCUGGCUUCCUUUAUACGGAAACUCUACCACGUCAGGGACAAGAUCAACUAUCUCAGGGAAGAGCAACAAUGGAAGCCAACUAUCUAACAUCGCAGCAGGUCUAUGCCGUAGAUUCUCCUUACCUGAAAUCAAACACGGAACGCAAAACUUCGACGACUCCAACGUCAUCGGAGUUGGAGGUUUUGGUAAAGUCUACAAAGGAGUGAUAGACGGGACAACCAAAGUAGCCGUGAAGCGAUCGAACCCUAACUCAGAGCAAGGACUCAACGAAUUCGAGACGGAGAUCGAGCUUCUCUCCAGGCUAAGGCACAAACAUCUGGUGUCGUUGAUCGGAUACUGCGACGACGGAGGCGAAAUGUGUCUCAUUUACGACUACAUGGCUCUGGGAACACUCCGGGAGCAUCUGUACAACACGAAGAAGCCACAGCUGACUUGGAAACGAAGGCUGGAGAUCGCGAUCGGAGCUGCGAGAGGGCUACAUUACCUUCACACGGGAGCCAAAUACACGAUCAUACACAGAGACGUUAAAACCACAAACAUCUUGGUUGAUGAGAAUUGGGUAGCGAAAGUCUCCGACUUUGGAUUAUCGAAAACCGGACCUAACAUGGACGGAGGCCAUGUGACAACCGUCGUGAAAGGGAGUUUCGGGUAUUUAGAUCCGGAAUACUUCAGGAGACAGCAAUUGACGGAGAAAUCGGAUGUUUACUCUUUCGGCGUUGUGCUAUUCGAGAUCCUGUGCGCUAGGCCGGCGUUGAAUCCGAGCUUGCCCAAGGAGCAAGUGAGUCUCGGAGAUUGGGCGACGAAUUGCAAACGGAGAGGGACUUUGGAUGACAUAAUCGAUCCCAAUUUGAAAGGGAAGAUUAAUUUGGAGUGUUUGAAGAAAUUUGCAGACACGGCGGAGAAUUGUUUAUCGGAUAGUGGAAUUGAACGGCCGACGAUGGGAGAUGUGUUGUGGAAUCUCGAAUUCGCGCUUCAGCUUCAGGAAACUGCCGAUGGGACUCGGCAACGGACUCCGAAUAGAGGAGCGAGCUCCGAGGAUGUCGGCGGAGGAGGCAUGGCGAUUAACGUCGGCAGAAUCGAAGAACAUGACGUCAGUGAUAUUUCCUCCGAAGAGAGUAGUGGAAUAUUCUCUCAGAUAGUGAAUCCCAAAGGACGAUAA